GGGCGGUGGGAGCAGCCACUGCUUCUGCAGAAGCACGGGUUGGAUGUUUUCCUGCCCUGGGCACUGAAGUAUGGCUGGUCUGGGCACGAGGCUCUGGCUGCUCCAGGGGACCCUCUGGCUGCUGCCUCUGCUCACAGGUGGGAUCCCAGCAGACAAGAACAGCACCGCGAACAGCACAGAUGGCAUGUGUCCCCCGGUGCACCAGAACGUGCGGUACGUGGCCGUCAAGAAGAACAUGCCCAUCUACUUCAUCUGCUACACCCAGGAGCCCCAGCUCAUGCAGUGGUACAAGACAGCAGAGAAGAGGGAGGACCUCUCUGUGCUGGAUCAGAACACAGCCAGCUACCACAUCGAGAGGACGAACAGCUCCAUCAACCUCACCCUCCUCAGGACCAGCUUCGAGGACAGCGGGAUCUACGUGUGUGACAGGAAGGGCCUGAUGCACAAGGAGAAGCUGCACUCAUGUGGGACAGAGCUCCGGGUCAUGGGUACCAGCAGCAUCAAGCAGUACCAGAACAGGAACACGCUGAAGGACGCCAUCAUCAUCAUCCAGUCCAUCCUACUCAUUGUCUUCAUCAGCAUCCCCAUCCUCCUCUUCCUAGACAAGGGUGAAGACAAGAAGACCCCAGAGGAGGACCACACCUAUGAGGGGCUGGAGGUGGAGCAGAUGGCCACCUACGAGGACAUCACUCCUUUCCGGGACGUGAAGGCCAAGUGGACAGUGGGGGAGCACCCAGGUGAAGAGUGAGGGGUCCUGUGCCCCCUGCCAGGCCCUGCCAGCACCCUGCCAGCCCCCGUGGGGACAGAUCCCCUGGAGCACGGCUCUGCCUGGAUCCCGGGCUGCCAACACCUGCACAGCCCAGCUCGGGCGGGGAGCCUGCUGCCCUGGGGUGCUCAUGAGUCUGGGCUGUGUCCCCGAGGCUGCCCUGUCCCACUGUCACUGCCCCCGUCCCGCUGACUGACCCCUAAAGCUUCUGUAGAAAUUAGGAGCCACCUGUGAUCCCCCAGCAGCGAACUGGUCACACAGCCCAGGCAGCCCCACACCCAGCACUGAGCUCCAGCCUGGUCAGAGCCAAGGAAGGGCUGGGAAUGAGGGCUCUGCUCCAGCCCCCCCACCCCGGGAAGGACAGCACCAGGCCCUGCAAGGACACUGCCAACAGCGCCGUGUGGCUGUUGUGAGAAGCAGAUUUUGGGCCACUCUUCAGCUGUCAAAGCCAUGGCUGAGUCCACAGGCCCAGCUGGCAGGGGUUUGAGGUGCAGGAUCCCCCAAAAGCACCUCUUUUUCUCCAAAGACUAUGGAAGAGCUGGGGAGAAAGGUCUCACCCAAAGGCUUGCUGCUCCCCAGGCAAGAGCUGGCCCCUGCCACAAGGUCAUCCCCAUGGUGAGGGACAUGUGUGACCUCGGAACUCUGGGAAAACUGUAAAUUGUGGGACACAAACCUCCAACUGCUUUUGAAGUCCUAAUAAAGGUAAUGGGUAAAUCUUUAUCCUGCUCCAUCCUGCCAUGCCCAUUCCAGGGGUGUCCCAUAACCCUGGUGCCAAUUUCCUGGGAAUAAUGAGCAGCUUUUUUGGGUCCAGCUUAGCUGAAACCAAACUUCACCUCUUCAAACUCCACCCAGAGGGCAGGCAGGGAUGGAAAACCAAGAGCAGAUGUGAGGCCACCCAUGGGGACCUCAGCAGUGCCAGAACAUCAGCUUGGGAUGGGACAAAGUGAAUCAUCAGGAUCCAGAGCAGCAGAACAGGACCAGCAGCUCCACUCUCAGCUAGAUCUGGGCUUGAAGGAGAAGCUAAAAAACACCUUGAGAUUUGGUUUGUAAUUAAAUUAUCUUGGCAUGGCAGCAACAGCUGAGGGUGGUGGGCUCAGGGCACCUAAAUCAGGGCUGGGGGGGCUCAGUGGGCAUGGGGGCUUGGCUGGAUGAGGGUGACAAGGGCAUUGUGGCUCAAACUGUCCCCUCUCAGAGAGCCCAAGGCCUCUGUGUCCUGGUGUUUCGCGACAUUUUGGGCUUCAAGCAGCUCCUGCAACUGCUCUGCACCCCAAAAACAGCCAGAGAAGGGUACAAUUCUAAGAAAAAAAGGCUUUUCAGAAGUAAGAGGAUGGUUCUUUACCACUAAAGCAACUCUGUGGAAAACUGGAAUUCAGUUUAAACAGCUCAAAAAAAAGCAUUUUGGAAUUGAUUUUUACUAGUUAAAUAAAACUAUCCCAAAUUAGUUCUGCCACAUAGAUAUAAAAGUUAUUUAAGCAUAUUUUACUUAUAAAAUUGGUUAAUUAAAAAAAGGAGAAUUCACAGGGAGAGAAAAGAACUGGCUGUUCCUGGUUUCCACAUUUGCCAAGAUUUUAGCACUAGCAGAGCUCAUUGCUCCAUUCCUUGUUUUCAGUUUCCAAAUGGAAGAUAGAAGUUUUUUUCUGGCCUUCCCAGCUCCAGAUUCCUCAGAUCUCUGUAAACAACUCACUCAAGUGACUGAACAGAAUAAUAGAAAAAAUAAA